AUGGGCCUGGCGGUGAAGCGCGUCUUCCUCCUCACCGCCUCCCUUGUCCUCCUCCUGCUCAGCUUCGAGCUCCUGCUGCAGAACGAGGUCCUGCUCCGACGUGUGAGCCAUGGCUGCAACGAGGUCAGUGCCGUGGCAGUGACCCGUGACGCCGGUUCUGGUUUCCUCUCCAGGUUCAGGAUGCUGGCGGUAAGCCUGGAUCAUCAUCAUCGGUCGCCGCCGCGACACCCACACCGGAGCCAUCAAAAGAGUUCUGCAGCUCCAGCUCCAGCACCGGCGAUUCAGGUUCAUGAAGCUCUUCCCACUCCGACUCCGACGCUGGCUGCUCCCGCUCCUGCUCCUCUUCCCCAUGAGAGUCAUACAAGGAUGCCACUCAGAAACCACAGCCGCAUUGCCCCAGCGAGGAGUGUGGCACGCAAACUGGGAGGUGGAGGAGGUCACGCCAGGCUCCCGACACCCACCAUUGUCGGCCUGGCUGUGGCUGGAGCAUGUCUGCUUGUUCUCGGGGUUGCAGUGGCAGCAGCAGCCUCACUCAGGAGAUCAAGGAAGCUUCAGAAGAAGCCUUUCAAGCUGUUUUCCCAUGGAUCAAGAGCUCACAGGUCAACUUGCGCUACCAUCAAGGUUAGUUCGCAUCCCAGCGCAGAUCUGCUUUACCCGGGUUCUGCUGUGCAAUGCCAGGAGGACUAUGCGAUCAUCAAAGAAUCUUCAGAGUCUAAGAGCUUAUCAGUUCUUCUCACUCCAUCAAUAAGUAGUGCAGAGUUGAUCAUAAGCGAUUAUGCUGUGAAAACCAGCACCAGCUUGCAGUCUGAUGAAGCUGACUCUUUCCGUUCAUUGCCCUGCUCUCAUUCAUCAGGUGGCUCCAUUACAGAGUUGCCGCUGCCAAAUUGUGAUAAAUCUAUUGCAGAUCCUUCUCCAUCUUCUCGACAUAGGGAUGAUUCACCUUCUAGUUCAUCAUAUCAAUCACUAUCACCAGAUUGUAGAUCUCCCUUCUGCCCAAAGACUCCACCUUUCACAGCUUCUGAUCAAGCCCAUGUGCAGAAGACCUUUUGCCAUCUUCCAGAAAAUCCAGCUGAGGAGAAAACUGAAGUAAUAAACCACCAAAAGACUGCAAAAGCUACCAACAAUUCAGGAUCCAUGGGACAUCCUGAAGCUCCAAAAGUAGAGCAGGUCAAUGCAAAGCUCAGUUACAAGUUGGCAAAGAUGGGUUACCACUUCCAAGGUUGA